UUUAGAAAAUUAAGAAACAAAAAAAAAAAAUUCAAAAUAAAAUUUAUAAAUAAGCAAAUUACACCAAAAUCAUUUUUUAAAUCAUAUUAAGGAUUGUCAUAAAUUUAAACCUCUAUUUUAUUUUUUUAUUACUGCUUCAAAUUAAGUGUGCAAAAAAAAAUUUAAUUAAAAUAAAAAAGCUCUUGUUUUUCUUUUAUAUAAUUCUUUAUGUAAAUACAUCACAUUACAAUUAUAUAAAUAUACAUAGCUGAUAUAUUUCAUACGAGCGAGAUCUGAACGGUGAAAUAUCUGUGAUAAAACAUAAAUUAACGCAGUUUAAUUUUUCAACUUGAACUAUUAAGAACCCAAUUCGUUCAACAUACACACACAGUAUAAAAAUAAAUCAAAAAUAUAAGAAAAAGUAAACCAAACUUAUUCUUAAAUAAAAAUUGUGAUAUUUAAAAUACAAAAACAAAAUUAAAAAUAAUUUUAAUUAUUUUAAAAAAUCUAAUUUAAUAAAAUCAAAAUAAUAUAAAAAUUAUUAUAUUUAAAUAUACAAAAUGAAAUCUUUAAUUGGAUUAACAUGCGUUAUUGCACUCUUUGCUGUCGUUUUAACAGCUGAAGAAAAAAAAGAUGAAGAAGAAGUUAAAGUUUUUAAAAGGCUUAUACCAGCAGAUGUCUUAAGAGAUUUCCCUGGAAUGUGCUUUGCAUCUACCAGAUGUGCAACAGUUGAACCUGGUAAAACAUGGGAUUUAACACCAUUCUGCGGUCGUUCAACAUGUGUUGUAUCAGAAGAUAAUCCACCAAGACUUUUGGAGUUAGUUGAAGAUUGUGGACCCUUACCAUUAGCAAAUGAUAAAUGUAAAUUAGACACCGAAAAAACAAAUAAAACUGCUCCAUUCCCAUAUUGUUGUCCAAAAUUCACAUGCGAAGACGGUGCUAAAUUAGAAUAUCCUGAAGUUGGUAAACCCGAACAAUCAGAAGCUGGUGAAAAAGACAAGAAAAACUAGAUCUUAGCAUUAUAAAUUUUUUGAAUUUUUUUUUUUAUUUGUCCUUCCGUAUGUUAGUGCAUAAAAAGGCGACAUACAAAAUUUGAAUUAAUUUAAAAAUAUCUUUCAUUCAACACCAUCACAUAAAUUACUUAAAUUAAGUGUUUAAAUAUUAGAAAUUGUAAAUUUUAAAAGUUUGAAAAAUAAUUUUAAUUUUUUACAAAUUUUUUUUUGAUUUUCUAAAAUGAUCGUAAAAUGCAAUUUGGCAGUCAAUGUAUUCAUACUUUAUUGCUUUUCUAUCUCUUAACAAUUAAGGUUUCUUUUUGGAAAUUGACGAUCCAUUUGCAUUUAUGUUUUCUACCAUUCUUUCAUAGUCAUUAUUGCUCAUAAUUUCAUACUUAAGUUUUGAUUUCAUUUAAAUUUAAAAGGUAUAACUUAAUAUUUUAUAUUAUUACAACUUUUUUUUAAUUUUGUUAAAAUUCUUUUCUUUCAAAUGCUACUGUUGAUUCAACUUGUAAAUAUAAAAUAUUGUAUGUAUAUAUAAAUUUAAAUGUAUAAAAUGAAAGUAUUUUCUCACUAA